CAAUAUUCGUGCGACGAUCAAGCAGGUGCAUGCUGCGCCGCCUGUCCCGCGCCUUCUCGACCACGCCCGCAACGAUGCCAGAGCUCGAGAUCGUCGUCCUCGGCAGUGGGCCGUCGUCGUCCGUGCCUGUCGUGCGCUGCCUCGUGACCAACCCGGCGUGCCCCGUGUGCCCCGAAGCGCUCGCGAACCCCGUGUCCAAGAACCGGCGCAACAACCCGAGUCUCCUCGUACGCCUCUUGGGCCAAACCGUGCUCAUCGACUGCGGCAAGACGUUCCGGGACAGCCUCCUGCGUGCACACCCGCAGCACAGUCCGUUUGCGAUCGACGCUGUCGUCUUGACGCAUGGCCACGCCGACGCGUGCUUUGGCCUCGACGACCUUCGCGACGUGCAGCAGAUCGACGCCGAGACCAAGGCGCUCAAGCCGCUCGGUAUCCACUGCCACCAGCGCACCAAGGACGAGGUCGAGGCCAAGUUUUCAUACUUGUUCCAGUCCCAGCAUACCGGAGGCCGCUGGACGGCGCAGUUGCAGUGGCAGCUGUUCGAAGACUUUGAGACGUUCGAGGUCGGGCGCGGCGUGCGCAUCCAGGCGCUGCCGCUCUGGCACGGCAAGGACUACGUUGCGAGCGGCUUCAUCUUCGGCGCCGAAGUCGGGAAGCGCAUCGCGUACCUCUCGGAUCUGAGCGCGAUCAGCGACGACGCCAUGGCCGUCUUGCAGGCAGCACCCAUCGACGUCCUCUUCAUCGACGCGCUCCACCCCGAGCAGUUUCAUGGCACGCACAUGAAUCUGAUCCAAGCGCUCGAGACCAUCGCGGUGCUCAGGCCCAAGCAGAGCUACCUCACAGGCAUGAGUCACCAGUUCAACUACCACAGCCCACCGCCGAUGCUCGCCGAGUUUGUUGCUGCCAAGCAGCUCGGCGUCGAGAUGGCGUACGACGGCCUUCGGCUCGCGUGGUGAGCGUCCCAUCCAUCGUAAUAAUAGAACUUGCGUGGUCAAAGCAUACUACGACUACGCCAGUGCUUUCGCACCCA